AUGUCGUCUUUCACAGCAAAGAAAGUCGUCCGGACAUAUUCGCGACAGAAGAAACGCCCGUUUUACGAUGAGGAACUGUCCAAUACCAAGCGAAGACGCGUCGAAAGCGCGUUCGAAAGUGUCGAAAUCGAAGACGUGACAACCACCACUCUUGACACGCCUCUAAAGAGUCCUUCUCGCGCACGCGACAGCUCUGUACCUCCCACAUCAAGCCCGAAAGAAUCACCUGCGUUGUUCUCCGACAAAGUCUUUCGAUCUACCCCUCCUUCGUCUCCAGGACCGCGUGGUUCUUCGGCGCCUUCAUCUCCACCUCCGCGUAGCUCCCCUUCGCCUCUACAACGUCGGCGACCUGUAUUUUCACUCUUCAAGAAGAAAGUCAAGCCUGAGCGGCCAGCGACAGAGCCGCUGUUGCAGCGAAGUCACAAUGCGCAGAGCUCGCCAAAACAGCCACCCAAGAAGAAGCGCAUGGUGCAAAUGCAGCUAGAUCUAGCAGGAGAACACCGAAAGACAUGCAAGACCUGCGGGAUGGAGUACAUACCAUCCAACGCUGAAGAUGCGGCUCUACACAAAAAGUUUCAUGCGAUGAACCUUGGGGGUGUGGACUUUACGAGGGCUAUGACCGAGCGCUUCAGGCAGCGUCAGAUCUGGAGUGGGGGCGAGGGAAGCUUCAUUGCGGUUAUAGGGCGGAAGGACGCGCUUGUGCUGCGCAACAGAGCGAGCGAUGUUCUGAAGGUUGUCAAUUCGGAACUUGCGGCUGUGCCUAUAUCAGAUGAGGAGCUGUGGAGUCAAGCGGGGGUUGCAGGAUCUGAAAAUGCGACAACACCCAGCGCGAAGGUGCAGACUUCCAGCGCAAGUGCAUCGCCUACAACGGGGGACAGAUUCAAGGUGUACCUCUACAUCCGCGGUCAGAAAUGCGUGGGCGCGUGUCUGACAGAGAGAAUCCAGGAGGCUUUUACUGUGCUGGAACAGGCUGAUGCGUCAGAGCAAGUCUGUCGGCUGCCUACUGACUCUGAGAGCUCGUCCGUCUCCAUCAGCACAACGGCGGACCCGGCUAUGCUGGGUAUCUCGCGCAUCUGGACGUCGACCCAGCAGCGGAAACAGGGCGUGGCAAGGAAAUUACUCGAUUGUGCAAGGAGUGACUUUCUGUACGGCAUGGUGGUGGACAAGGAGAAGACGGCCUUCAGCCAACCGACAGAGAGCGGGCAGAAUCUGGCGCGGAAGUGGUUUGGUUGCCGGGCUGGGUGGCAUGUGUAUAUCGAUUGA